UGGUGGGCGACGCGGUCGCCGUGCGCCAUCCCAGCGUCAACCUGACUGACGUCGUGCGCCAGAACCUUAGCGAGAUCCUGCUCGGCUCGAAGGUGUUCCUGGGCGGCAUGUACGCCCUGGACACGCUCACCGUCACCGGCCCGGUGAACGGGAUCCAGCUGGAUGACGUGUGUCAGCGUGUGGUCCGCACCGACACGCCCAACACCUUCGCCAGCCUCACCGUCAACGGCAACGUGACCCUCCACCGCGCGACGAACCCGCUGUCCUGGACGCUGAACGGCCUGGACUUGAGCCGGCUGGACCGCCUGGUAUGGCUGCGUGACGCGGAUCAGACCCUGGCCGGCCACAUUUUUCUGCAGCAGCCCUUGUUCGCCAGCGUCGAGGUCCAGACGCUGCUGGCGGGCGUGCCGCCCGCGCCGGUGGACCUGCUGACCUACCUGCGGCACCACUGGAACCUGCGCCGGCCGCAGACUGUGACCGGUGACGUCAGGUUCGGCGGCGGCCUCACCGUGGACCACCUGACGGCCAAUCAGCUGACUGUGACGGGCCGGGUCAACGGCAAGGACCUGAGCGCGCUGAUGGCCUCGGCGCUGACCGUCGCUGGUGGCACGGUCACCGGACACUGGACCCUGCCCGACCUUAUCGUCAAUGGUCCCCUGAUGUUCACCAGCCUGAACGGCAUCCCGGCCGACGCUCUGGUCAAGGACUCGGCCACCGAGCUGCGCUUCAGCUCACACCAGACUGUGUACUGGCUGACUGUCAGUGGUAUGGACCGGUGGGCCUGCCACGCACUCUCAUAUUGGGCCACCCGCACAGUUGCAGCCAUGUGUGAUGUGCGAGCGACCCUCAGUCUGCCGGACGGCGGCCAGGUGUUCAAUCUGGACCCCUCGAAGCACCUGCACAUCUCCAACUUCCUGCAGCGACACGGCACGUUCACGGUCUCCUCUGACGUCACGUUCGGCGCGCUGACCUUCACCCGCCCGCUGAUCGUCAACGGCACGGUCGGCGGGGUGCCGUUGCACCAGUCGUCGGUGCUGACGCUGUCCAGCGACCAGACAGUGCGCGGCCACACUUGGCUGCGGCUUGCCGGUGGGCAGUGUCUGGUCGCACCCAAUCUGGACACGCCCAGCCUGAACGGCGUCGACCUGCGCCGCCUGCUAGGCUCGGCGGUCCGGCUGAACGGUUCAUACAACAUAACAGCUUACUGGACUUUCACUAACAUGCCAUUCUUCAUCGACUACAACGUCACCAACUCCGCCGCGGAGCAACAGCUGUACGAGCUGCUGCAGCUGCUGCUCAACGCCCAGGACCAGCUGCAGUUGGUGGACGAGGCAGUGGCCCGCCAGUACGUCGCCACCGUCCAGUACAUCUACCAGGCCCUGCUGGACGCCCGCGCCCGGCUGCAGGCGGCCAGCUACCUGCAGUACUACGUGCAGACGCAGAGCUGGCGGUCCGACGUCAUCCGGUUCGCGCCCGUCUACCUGGACGGCGAGGGCCAGCCGCCCACGCUGCUGCUCGCUAUCUGGGAUACCCGGAUCCGGCUGCUGCGCUGGGCAGCCAGCGCCGGAGGCGUUUUCGGCCAGUGGACGGACGGUCCUGCGUAUCCUGAGGCGCGGCUGGCCUGGAUGGCCGGCCUGAUGCGGGCCGCCGUGUUGGAGCAGCUGCACGGGGCCGUCAACUACAUAUUCCUGUACCAUCGAAACGUCCUGGUCCAAUCACAAGCCAUGCCCAGCCAUAAGACGGUGGAUGUGAAGAGCCUGCAGCCGUCCUCCUCGCACGACUGUUUCCUGUUCGUGCACUUCCUGGGUAACGUGUCGCACCUGGCCUGCUACCGGGACGCCCAGACCAAGUUCACCCUCCACCAGGCCAUCGACACGCACGGCGGACGACAGGUCGGUGACCUCUGA